UCACCCAUACUUAGCUCCCGUGCGGGUACUGGGCCACAAUCCGUCGUUGGGGGGCGAGGAGCCUGGUGGCGUAGGUCGGCCGACCCGACCGAGAAACGUCCCGGGCCAGCAGUGAACAGGUCAGUCUCGGUGACGUUGACCCCAUGCUGCACGAUGACACGUGAGUCCGCCCACAGCGUAUCUAGCCGUAGGCCAGCAGCCCGAGCCGUCCGCAUUCCAUUCUCGGUCAAAAUCCGGUCCGCGGAAUCCUGGUCGCCGGCCCGAAGUGACUUGACUGCCUCCUCAAAAACAGGGAUUAGGGCGUUGGACACUGCCGACCACCCUUUGUUGAGCAAAAGCCGUGUCUCGGGCACCCGUGAUGCUGCCCACGGCCUGCCUGGGUUCUUCGUAACCUCCAGGCUCUCUAAAACUCAUGCUGAAAUCACGUAUAGGUGCUAUCACCCGACCAGCCGUCAUACCAAGCGAUAA